AUGAAGUCUACUUAAUAUCUCAUUAAUAAUAGUGUGCAGAAUCUCGUUCUCUCUUUUCCCCCGCUUCGUGGAUCACUGGCGACUCAAUCUCUUUCCAGUCUCAUCUUUGGUAAUAGGGCUGCUGGAAGUUCUGUUAACUGUUUCUUACACCCAAGCCGCAAGCGGCGCAACGCUCGCUUCCCAACUCUCGAGGUAUUCUUUCAUAAUGUCGCCAGUACGGUCAAUCAUUCUGGCCUUGACCAGUUCAGGGAUUGCCGCCUCUCAUAGUUUCAUCACUAACGUCAACAUCAACCUCACCUCUUACAGCGGGUUCGACCCCCGUCCAGGUUUCGGGAACAACUCAGCACAACCUCUCGCCGCCUGGUCAACCACCGCUACAGACCAGGGCUAUGUAAAUCAAACUGCCUACCAAUCUCCCGACAUUGUCUGCCACCGAGGUGCCGAAAAUGCCCAAGCCCAUAUACCCGUCAGCGCAGGCGACACCGUGCACCUGCAGUGGAUGGGCUGGCCGCAGUCCCACAAGGGUCCCGUAAUGGACUAUCUAGCUUCAUGCGGCUUGAGCGGAUGCGACAGGGUUAAUAAGACGAGUCUUGAGUGGUUCAAAAUCAACGAAAUAGGCCUGGUCAAUACUUCAAGCGUGUGCGGCUACGUGGGCGGAUGCUGGGGUAGUGAUCUUCUCAUUGCCAACAACAACUCGUGGAUCGUCGAGAUCCCGCCAAGCAUCAGACCAGGAUCUUACGUGCUAAGAACGGAAAUCAUCGCUUUGCACAAUGCGUCGAACGUGGUCGGCGCACAGAACUAUCCGCAGUGCAUCAAUUUGGAGAUCAGCGGCAACGGAGCUGACUUCCCUGCUGGUGUCAGGGGCGAGAAGCUGUACCAGCCUAGUGACUCUGGUGUCAAUGUGAAUAUCACGAAAGGCGUUAGUAGCUAUGUCAUUCCCGGGCCGACGCCCAUUAAAGAUGCAAGGUCCGUUCCGCUGAGUCAUCCUGUGCCCACGGCUCGGGCGACGGCGAUCCCAGACCAUGCAUCCCGGCAAUGAGAGCAUCAAAGGCAGGGCUGAACCGACGCCAAUAUAAGCUUCUAAAGAUGCAGUCAGAGAGGCUGUAAUCAGGGAGAUCCGGAGGUGAUUUUGUCAAGGUUUGGAAUUCUAACCAGACUUGAGGGCAUCAUCGGAGACUUUACUCACAUUUCUUGUACAUAUUUAUCGUGACGCGGUUUAAAGUCAAGGAAAACGAGAUAUCAGAUGGCGGCGUGACGUUCGAGAUCAUUCUAGAUCCGGGGAAGCCCAAGUACAUCAUUACACUUUCAAAUAGUGUAUUCAAUAAUUUAGUUUCAACCUGGAUACUGAGG